UAGGGUCUUAUUUACCUGGGGCUAUCCUUAUCCAUUACUGUUUGGUUUCCAUGCGAAGCGCUGUGCGGCGGCGGCAUGUUUAGGGUAAAAGGCGCCGCGAUCGGCUCAACAACUUGAAGCACCCUCUUCUCCCGUCCUCCACGCGGCAGGUGACUGGUCACACAGCCAGAGAUACACCAUCAGGACAUCACAUCAACAACAAGCCAGCUUCAACAAUUUAACUUAAUCUGCAUCAUCCUGCACAGCCAGCCAGAGGAGCAUCUCUCUAUAAAUCUGCCCAUUCCUGUGCUGAAAUAUGUUGUCAUAGCAACAAACAGCAGGAUGCGGGAGGAAUCGCGAUCUCCCAGCGAGGAUGGCGGAAAGUGGGCACGGUAGCGUCGACGAGACGGCCGCUGACCCUGUUGCCUGGCACAACCAUGACAUACCACAACCACUACAACCACAGCCCCAAAACGCGGGACUCCUCAAAGAAGUCGAACCCCUCCCCGUAUCUCGCGAAGAUUCCUACAUAAGCAUAGAAAUCACCGCCAAGAAAAAAGACAUGCAGGAGAUUGAGAUCUCCCAACCUGGCGAUGACGCAGACAAACUCAAAGCAGCUGAACCUCAGGGUGGGACGGACUCUGGUUUCCACGAAAGUACCAAGAGUGCUGUAAAGAAUGAGAAGACGCUCGGACCUCCGCCAACGUCGCACAAGAAGCGCAAGCCUGGGAAGAAAGGCAUCUACUUCUCCUACUCUCCAGACGCAGCGUAUCUGGAGAAGAAAUUUGUCGUUGAGACCGUCCGGCAGCUGAAAGAGAAUAAUUUAGCAGAAGACAUUUGGUUUGACAAGGAUGAGAAGAACAUUGACUCCCCGACGUGGUUCAUGCAGAGACUAGAAGCGGUGGAAAAAUGCCGCGCUGCGAUCCUCAUUCUGUCAGACAGCUACUUCCAGUCUACCGUGUCCCUAUACGAAGGCAAGGUGCUACUGGAAAGAACGAUAUCCGUAUCGAGACCUCCGCAGCUCUUUCUCGUUUUGUACAGUCCCACAGACUUACCCCCACAGUACGCCCCCUUUCUGGAAGGAAUGGUAGACUUGACGUCAGGGAAAAUCGCCAAGAGCAGCCUCGCUGAGAAAAGCUCCAUGGUGGUCGGAUCCCUGAGCGUAUACCUAGAGAAAUUAUCGACCGCGAUGGUCCCGGCUUUGCCUCCGCUAGUGGCCGAGACAGAAUUCACAGGUCAGUAUAAGAAAACAAAGCUUUGUCAGUGGACAGUGAAUGACGUACAGGAGUGGCUUGCGGGGAUGAAGGUACGAGAAUUCUUCUGUCAGGCGUUCGCCGAGAACGGCAUUGACGGGUUCCUCCUGAUGUCCCUGACGGAACAGGACAUGAUCUCGUACCUCAGCAUCGAGAGCCGCAUCGUGAGGAAGAAGAUUCUCUCGGAGAUGCUGCAGAUCUUGGACAACGAGCAGAAGAUGCGGGAGGGAUGGCACCUGCGUGUGAGGACCAAGAGGCCGCGGGUGGACACGGUUUACCUGGUGUACGACCCAGCCGACGUCAGACUAGCACAGAACAUGAAGGCAGAUCUACUGAAGAAGAACAUACAGGUUGACACCCACGACAAGCUGGGCCAGUCCAAGGAGGAGUUUCUGCAGAUCAACGGUCCUCGGAUCGCCGGCUGUAAGAACAUCCUGGUCCUGCUGACGGAGGCGGCCGCCACCUCGCCCUUCGUCUUCAACGAGGUCCUGUUCGCCGAGUGGCUGAACCGGACGAUCGUCACCGCACUGUUCAAGAACAUGUGGUUCAAACUCAGGCCUGCCAUGAAGGCCAUUCUAGGUGAGAACCCGGCCAUCGACUUUGAGACGAAGAUGUACGCAGACAGCAUGGACGUGCUGGAACACCAGGUGCGCCCGCUCAGGAAGGUGUCGGGCAUCGUGUUGGAACAGGCGUACCUCAACCGCAUGGCCGAGGGGCUCAAACCACUGCAAGUCCUGGCAGCUCCGCAAUCAGGUCAGAUCAUGUGGCCGCUGACAGAGUACCUGGAGCCUAAAGUGUUCAUCAGCUACCAGUGGGACACACAAGCCCGGGUGGACGACAUCCGCGCCAUGCUGGAGUCCAGCGGAGUCACAUGCUGGGCUGACAUCAGCCCGGUGACCCGAGGUCACAGCAGCAUGAGCAGUCGCAACGCCGCCCUGCUGUCCCGCCCGGAAACCUCGGGGGAACCAAUCACCAGCCAGAUCCAGCGCAACAUGCGCGCCUGCUCCGUCGUCAUCUGCUGCAUCACGCCCAAGUACAUCCAGUCCGACAACUGCAGCAAGGACCUCACAUUAGCCGAGACGCUCUACAAGCCCAUCAUCCCCGUCAUGCUGCGCUUCCUGCCCUGGCCGCCAGAGGGAGCCCCUACUGCAGUGCGGAAGAUCCUUGCCAGGCUGAGCACCGUGGACCUCAGCACGGACAAGCUCUUUAAGCAGAACUUUUACCAGGUGCUGGAGAGGGUCAAGAAGCACCUCCAGCCUGCCAAGACAUGAGGCCUAGAAAAAUUAAUGUUGUGUUUCCUGUUCCGGUCCUAAAAAAAUUAGCCUGCAUAGGUAGGGAUUAAUUUUCUUUAAUUUCUUUUUUUUUUAGAUUUUAACCAAAGUGAUCCAACAAAUACAGUUAAUAUGACACUGAAAUACAUUUUGUAAAUCAGAAUGCAUCGCAAAUGUGUAGAAAAUGCACAUUGGAAAACUAAUUCGGAAUCCACGUUUUCAUCACUCAGAUCGAAAAAUCUAUGUCUCUCAUCGGUGGCCGCCCCCCCCCCCCAAAAAAAGGCUAGGUUUGGGUUUUUUUUGUUCGGGUCGGUUAGGUAAGAAGAAGCACAACAUAUUUUUCCUAGGCCUGAGCAAUAUGCUACUGCUGCUGUUAGUGAGAGAGUGGGUCUGUAUGGGGCAAUGCAGGAACUUUGAGAAAAGCUGUUAGUUCUUGCCAUUCUCACGACUUGUCAACAUUUGCAACUUUAAUGGAGUUGCCUGAGUCUUCAAGAUGAUGGUUUCUUGAUAAGAGACAGGCAAUCAAAUAUUUAACCUUCAGCCUGCUAAAGUAGCUGUUUGGCACCAAAUUUGUGUUAGGCAACAGGGAGAAGGUUUUAACCAUUAUUAAAAUAAUGGUCAGAAACCCUAUUUUUGUCGCCGAUGGAUUGAUUUUAAAUGUGACAGUAGAAUAGGUACUUUUAACUGCUGAGUGAUUUUUACCAUAACUGUCUGUCUAGUGGUGUCACAUGGUGAGAUGAAGGACCAACAUAGGCUACAUCUACCAGUUCUCUCUGAUACAAGCAUUUUCGUGCUUACUAAAUUUGGAUUGAACAAAAAUAUGUAGUAUAGAGAAUGAGCAGAACAGGUAAGGAUGCUGUUCUGGAAAGGAUUAACUAAUGGUUUUUAAAUCUAUUUUUCUACAUUAUACAUGUAUUGUUUGCCAAUGGGUGUGAAUAUCCACAACUAAAGACUAAGGAACAAAGACUUAUUAAUGUAAUGACUAAGAUUAUAAGGAAAGCAUUUAGUACAAGUUGUUCGCUGUGCGAACGAAAAGAAAUGUCUUGGAAUUGCUUUUGAAUAGCCUUUUUAAGAAUGACUGUGACUUGUACAUUCCAAUUUUUAGUGGAAAAAUUUGUAAUAGAAGAUUUCAUUUCAA